GGGGACAAAAGGACCAAAAUGUAAAGGGAAAACUAAUGGAGGGUAUAUAAAGCAAUGCCCCUCUGUGUUUGAGGCUCAGCCUUUGGAUAUGAAUCCGCUGAGCCAGUGCUGGCAGGAAUAAACGCUGCUUCCUGGCAAAAAGCCUUGUACGAGAAUCCUGCAACAGAAAGGGUUUAAUUUCCUGUCUGAAGGCGGAUGGGAAGCUCAGAUUACAGUCAAGAAAAGUGUCAGUGAAUCAUCAGGUCAUGGACUUCCCAAGAGCUCUAAUUACGAUCUUUCAUGGAAAGGGGACAAUGGCAUCCUGGCCCUUCUCUAGGCGGUGGAGAGUCUCUGAUCCUAUUCUGUUCCAAGUGACCUUAGCUGCUGCUCUGUUGGCUACUGUUCUUGGCAAAUGUGGUCCUCCGCCUUAUUUACAAUUUGCUUCUCCAAUAAGUGAGUUGAAUGAGACAGAGUUUGAAACUGGAACUACUCUGAAAUACAACUGCCGCCCUGGAUACCGUAAAAUUACUGCGAAAAAUCAUGUUAUUACCUGUGAAUCAAGAGGCACAUGGAACUACAUUGAAUUCUGUGUCAAGAAACAAUGCGGAAAUCCAGGAGAAUUACUUAACGGGCAAGUGAAAGUUAAGACAGAUUACUCUUUAGGAUCACAAAUAGAAUUCAGCUGUUCAGAAGGAUAUAUCUUAGUUGGUCCAACCACUAGUUACUGUGAAAUCCAAGAAAAAGGAGUUGGCUGGAGUGACUAUCUCCCCAGAUGUGUGAUUGUCAAGUGUGAGCCUCCUCCAGCUAUCAGCAAUGGGAAGCACAACGGUGGAGAUGAAGACUUCUACACGUACGGCUCUUCUGUCACCUACAGCUGUGACUCUGACUUCUCAAUGUUAGGCAAAGCCUCCAUUUCUUGCUCAGUGGAAAAUGAAACAAUAGGUGUUUGGAGUCCAAGCCCUCCUAUUUGUAAAAAAAUCAAUUGUCUUCAGCCAGUGGUUAAAAAUGGAAAAAUAACCUCCGGAUUUGGACCCAUCUAUGCUUAUAAAGAGUCUAUUUUAUUUGGAUGCGAUAAAGGUUUUCGCCUUAAAGGCAGCAAUUUAAUCCGUUGUGAAGCUGAUAGCAACUGGAGUCCUCCUCCUCCCAUUUGUGAACUGCAUGGUUGUCUUGGCUUGCCAAACAUCCCCCAUGCCACCUGGAGAAGACAUAGCUACUCCCUGCGUACAGAAGAAGUGUAUGGUGUUGACACUGUGAUGAGUUACUACUGCCUUUCUGGCUAUAGACCCAAGACGAGUGGGUCUCUGACUGUGUCUUGUCAGGAAGAUUUCAAGUGGUCUUCAUACAUAGAAUGUGUGGAGGUAUGUUGCCCAGUACCAGACGUGGAUCAUAUCAGCAUCACCUACAGGAAGAAAAAUCAGUCUGCCAAUCACUGUACCUAUUACUAUGGAGAUAGGAUUUCAUAUACAUGUAAUAACGAGAAAGUUCAAUAUGUAUCUUCAUGCUCAGAACAAGGCGCAUGGAGGCCCAGAAUGCCAGUAUGUGAUAGAGGUUGCGAUAAUCCUCCUGUGGUUGCCCACGGACAUCAUACUCAAGUUAUUUCGCUACUUGGAAUAAAAAAAGAUGAGGUUGUAUAUAAAUGUGAUGAAGGAUACACUCUGGUUGGAGAGGACAGACUCUUCUGUCGUUAUUCACGCUGGUCACCUGCAGCCCCUCAAUGUAAAGCUAAGUGUCUGAAGCCAGUGAUAGAUCAUGGAAAGUUAUCUGUGGAUCAAGAUGAAUAUAUUGAGUCUGAAAUUAUCACCGUCCAGUGUGACUCUGGCUAUGGUUUGGUUGGUCCCCAAAAUAUCACUUGCACAGAAGACAGAACCUGGCACCCACAGGUGCCCAAGUGUGAAUGGGAGUACCCUGAAGACUGUGAGCAAGUGCAUGAAGGCAAAAAACUCAUGCAGUGUCUCCCAAACCCGGAGGAGAUAAAAUUGGCCCUGGAGCUGUAUAAGCUGUCCUUGGAAAUUAAACUACUGAAGCUACAGAUAGACGAGAAAGCCGAUCUUGAGUCAUCAGUGUAAUUUUUCCCAAGAGAUGGAGGAGAAAUGUACCUUGACACCUUUAAUCUAAUAUGGAUAAUUUCAGUUUAUCAACCA